GAAAAAGCAGUGGUGGUGGUGGUUUUGAGAGAAAGUGUAAUGGUUACAAAUGAGUUCAAUAUCCCAAAGUGUAUUGAUGGCACUUGCAGUUACUGUCAACAAAUUUGCUUCAUCAAAUGUUCAUGCAGUUCAAAGAAAAGAAUCUAAAACUUCUCCUGCAACUUCUCCAGCUGCCUUCCCAAGAAGAGGAUUCCUCUUAUCUACUUUGGUUGCUGCUUAUCCUCUCACCACUGACUCUAAAACGCAGCUCCUUAACAAAUAUUUGAAGAAAUCAGAGGAAAACAAGGCGAAAAAUGACAAGGAGAGAUUGGAUAGCUAUUACAAGCGCAACUACAAGGAUUACUUUGAUUUUGUAGAAGGAUCUUUGAAAGGGAAGAAAGAGCAAGACCUUACUGAAUCUGAGAAAGGUAUUCUUGAUUGGCUCAAGACCCACAAAUAACAAAAAUUAUAUGUAAAAUAUUUUCAUUACUCA